AAUGUGGUCCGAAUUUACAAUCAGGCUCUUCUCAGCUUCAUUUAAUUCCCAACGAUUUGGGGCCAUGAGCUGGAAUGAUGGUUGUUCUUGUUCUCGAUCUUGAUCUAAUUGAAUUGGGGGCAGCCCUGGGUUUUUGGUAGUGUUAUGGAUUUGGGGAGUGAAUCUGUGGAUGAUAAUGUAAAGCCUGAACCAGUGUCUCAUGGUGUUGUUGAUGAUGAUGAUGGGGAUAGUGUUGAGAUUAGGAACAAUGGGUCAUGUGCUAAUGGGAUAGGAAAUGGAGUUGGGACUGGAGAUAAUCAUGUUGACACUGCCCCAGCAGUUGGUUUGACUCUUUCGGCCGGGAAGUCUCCGGUGGGAGAGUCGAAUUCUGCUCCGAAAGGGCAGGGGUUGAGGAGGUGGAGGCGAAUUCCGAGAAUUGUGGGUCAUGAUGGCGGUGGGAAUGCGGUAGAUGAUUCUAGUAGGAAGAGGGGUAUGCCUGGACUUGAAAUUCCUGAUAAGGGUCGGAAUGCUUCAGUUGAGGCUGAUCAUAAUAACAGUGAGGGGUCGGUGGGAUCAGUGAAUAUGAUGAGAAAUGCGGGAGUUGGUGAUGGGUUUGGAUUUGGUGGUGCUAGUCCGGAUUCUAGAUACGCGGGUGGUUCUGGUUUUGCUGCUCGUGCGGAUUCUGAGAACAGUGAGGAUCGGAGUAGCAAGUCGUCCACAGCUGCCAGUGUUCCAAGGGGAAGGUACGAUGUGCCUCCUUUAACAGCGAGCCAACCGCGGAAUAGGGCGAAGAAUGCUAGCACAAAGAGUCGGACUAAUUCAGCUCAAAGUGCUCAACCGGGGAGGGGACAGAGUGAAAGCAGUAAGAAGCUUAGAGGAGACAGGGUCAAAAUCGAGAAGGAAAACUCUCAUUCCAGCAUGGAGUCUGACUCAAGAAGCUCCAACUUUGUCUUUAUGCAGGCUGCACCUCUUUCCAGUAACGGGAAGCAAAGUAGAAGGUCAAUGAGUCAGGACAGAGAAAAUAGUGAUGAAGUUCAAACUGGUUAUCGGAGAGAGAAUGCAGUAGAAGCUGAAGAAUUUUUACAAGAUCUAGAUACCGACUUGUCAUGGGUGGGUAAGCUAGACAAAAAGAAGAAGCAUGGGUCUUUUGCAGAUAUGGAUGCUCUAGCUGAGUCUAUGUUCAAUUUCCAGACUGUACAAGAAGCACUCCAGAAAGAGGUUCAGAAAUUUGGGGAGAUUGGGAAAGGACCUGUAUCAAGUGGUGAUAAUUUAGUGAAGCCUUUGGACCCCUCUUCAAGUGAUCUGGAAAUUAUUGAAUCCAACUUAUCUGAGCAGUUGGGUUCUGAAAAGAUCGGACAAACUUUUUCUAAUUCCUUGGAAGCACAGAUAUUGAGUUUGAAACAGCAUGUGAAACUUAUCGAAGGCAAGCUGGAUGAGACUAGGGCUAGGCUUGAGGUGAAGGAGUCCAGGGUUGCUGAACUGGAAUAUAUUGUUAACAUUAGCAAGUCUUUUAAAGAAGAAUCAGGUAGUACCAUAGAGUUACAGGUUGAACAAUAUAGAGAGCUAGAGGCCGAGGUUGAAAGCCUGUUUAGGCAAAAGAUUGAAGCAGAGGUUGAGUAUAUUGUAAUUAGAACAACAACACAGAAGGUGAAGUUUGCUACAGGUGACCAAAUUGCACUCAUUGAGGAGCAAGAAGCAGUGGCUGGAGAACAAGCACGGAUACUGAACAAGCUUGGGGAAACACAAAUUAGGGCUGCAAAGUUAAAAGAGCGAACAGAGGAAUUGGGAAAGUAUUAUGGUGAUAUUUUAGGGACAGAAGACGUUUUUACCAUGCCGAAUAAAUUAUUUAAGGUUAGCUCCUGUUUUUUUGUCCAGUUGCUUUUGUUGGUCCUGGCCGUAUGGUUUUUUUUGUUGCAGUCAUCUCCCCCUCAAGGGGUGGUUGUACCCACCUAAGUCUGAGAGUAGUAAUGCCUUUUUCUUGUGUAUUCUCAACCACUUUAGGCAGAUAUUUGAAUGUUACAGUUUAUCUACCCAUUAUUAUUGUUAUUAGAACAUUUUUGUUCUCUUCCUCUGCUUCGUCCUUUCCUUUCCUUUGUAACAUAGUAGUAAUAAAUCUCGAUUUCUUCUGGGAAUGCUUUCAUCCUGAAAUUAUAACCUUGAUACAAAGCCAUACAGUAUUUUCCUCCUCUUUCCUG